CCCAAUAUUGUUGACAAUUGUUUGUGUCGUCGUUUGCCCAUUUUUGUGUUUUCCCCAAUUUGUAUGAUAAGCAAUAGCUUCCGGGCCACCAAUAGCAUGUAAUUCAGGCUGUUCAUGGCUAACCGCGAUGUAUUCUCCAAGAUCCUGCCAAAUGUCAAGUUGGGCACCCGUUACGACGAGGAUGGGCGUGAAGUGCAAGUGGAGCGUCGCGAAGACUCGGAUGCCACGGCCAAGGAGCAGGACACCUUCGACAUCCUGGUGGCAGCGGGAUAUUACCGGGCCCGCAUCAAGGGCUUGUCCGCCUUCGAUAAAGUUGUGGGUGGCAUGACCUGGUGCAUCGAGUGCUGCGACUACGGUGUGGACGUGGACCUGCUCUUCCACGAAAGUCUCUCCAUAGGACAGAAGAUAGCUCUGGUGGAGAAGAUUGUCUCUGUCCUGAUUGACAUGAAGUGUCCACAUAGCCUGGAGCCACAUCAAGUGCAGGGUCUGGAGUUCCUGGCCAUACAUCCCGUCAUCCAGUGGCUGGUGAAGACCUCUGUGGAAAAUCGAGCUGAGCGUGGCCAGCGCUUGAAGAGAUUCGCCAUUGGCCAGUUCCACAAUCACUAUCAGUACAAAAGCGACAAGGACAAUCUCACUAAGAUACGCUUGGCCUCCACCCACAUCAAGGCCAUUCAGGAGCUGUACGGCCCCAGGAGGCUGUACGAGCGCCAGGAAUCUCCUGGGGAUGAUGAUGAUGUCUCCCGUGUGCGACUUACUCUCUUGGAAUACGGAGAUCCAGGACCAAUGCUCAAGAGCAGCGCUGGAAGAAAGGUAGAGCAGGGUCCUGGGGAAACGGCGGAGCUCGAUUUGGAGGAGUAUCUGCGCAGUUUAUCCCUCGCAAAAGAUGACUUAACGGGCACUCAGAAACGAAUCGAUCUCGAUCCCACAGCGCGGCAAGAGCUGCAAAAGCACUAUGCCGAGUUUAAGCUGGAAAUGGAAACGGAUGCUCAAGACCUUAAGGCACAAAAUCAACAGAAACGUCUUGAGGCGGCCAAAAUUGCCCUGGAACACAAAGUAAAGCGCUACUGCAAGGACAAGGAACAACUGCAGCAGGCAGAAAAGGAGCAGAACCAGAAGACCAAGGAAGCGGAGGAGCAAUUAGAUACCAUAAAAAUUGAGCUGAAAGCACACAAGGAAACGCAGGAUAAUGCAGAUCCAAAGCUCCUUGAAAAGGUUCAAAACUUAUUGCAGCAACAUGAAGAGCUGAAGAAAAGCGAGGCGGAAUUUAAGGAAUCUUGUCGCACCGAUUUGGCCACCCUUCAGCAGCAAAUCGACGACCUGGAAGCAUUUAGUGCCCAAGAUGCGGAGACUCAAGCUGCAGCCCUGGCGGGCGAGGAGCAACGCCUGAAGGAGCUGCGCCUGCAGCUGGCCAAGCGGAACCGCGGAAUUGUGGCCAUCGAACGGAAGCUGGAUGCCAUACCCGAUCGCACAGAGCUGGCCCAAUACCAGCGACGCUUCCACGAACUGCACAACGAAAUGAGCGGCAAACAUCUGGAAACCAAGCAAUAUUACACCCUGUACAACACGCUCAACGACAAGAAGCGCUACCUGGAGAAGGAGCUGGCCCUCCUCAACUCCAUCUGUGAGGCCUACAACGAGGGCAUGAUGAGUCCGCACGGCCGCGAGGACUUCAUCCGCCAGUUCGAGUCCAUUGUGGACGGGGUGAAGAGCGCCCAGGACAAGGUGCGUCAUAAGUACAACGAGGAGCGGAUGCGUCGCGACGAGCUGAACGAGGAGCUGCAAUCGCUGCUGGAACUGCAACGCCAGUAUGCCCUGGCUGUCAAGCAGCUCACCCGCGAGUGCCAGCGCUGCGAGCAGCUGCAGCAGGAGCUCAGGUCAAUUAGGAGCAGGACCCAGUCCUAGCCCAUUUUAACUAUUGAUUAGCUAACACGAAACACUCUUAGCGAGUUCGUUCAAUAAAUUCUAUCGCCCCA